CAACACGCCUCAUCUCAUUGUUCUAGAAUGAACCGAUGUACUCACCAACAUCUUGUUGGCUAUCUCAGCCUCUGUUGGUAACCUCGUGUCCCGUUUCAAGCUCUGUCACUUUCCAUUGUUCAACAUCUCCAUGAGGUAGUACAAACCUGGAGGGGAAUUCCAACCUGCAAACUGUGGGGGUGGGCGACGACCAAAGCAGCAGGCAGGCGGGGAACGUGCACCCUGCAGCUCCAGGUUCCAUUCCAGGAUCCACUUCGAUCCCACUGGAACUCGAGUGUCCAAGCUCCGACUCGGUUCCACUCACAGUUGAGUCCUGUCUUUGCCUUCACACACACUUCCUCCGAGGAACCGAUUCCAUCCCGAGUCCAGUUGGAUGUCGACAACACGAGAACCCGGCACGCCCGGCUAGCAGCAGUGCUCACGAAGCAGGGCAACCUGGAAGUCGGUAACGCCACCAUUCCCGCCUCAGUCAGCAGUGUCGGCCACCCGACAUGACAUCCCACCCGCCCCUCCGUGUUCCUCUCGAAACGCAUCCGGGCGGCGCCUGACUGUUGAAUCCCGGAGGAGGAAGUGCACUUUUCCCCUUGCCAACCAAUGCCUGUCAAGAGGCAAAUCAUACAGAGUCACCCCAUGGCACCCUUGGCCACCCUGGUGGGGCACAGUGCUGCUUCUGAAUGGCGGCAUCUUUGAUACCUCACUACUCACCCACAGCAGCUCCGUCGGUGAGUGGUCGUGGUGGUGUAGACCCUUGCUGGCUCGUCUUGUACCUGUGGGACUUGUCGUGAUUUGGAUGUGUCCGCUGCUUCAGCCAGACGCAAGGCUGCCGUGUGCCUGCUCACUUGUCGAGGGCGUCCGAGGGGUAUAUACUGGACACCGCCUAGCUCUCAUCCCAUUCCUUCUUCUCCUCGACCUUCUCGAAGGAUGCCCGCCUCGAAUUCCGUCUGAACAAUCUCAACAAUACCAUGGUAUCGGAGACUUGCCUUUGAGACCGUCUCCCCAUCCUUUGUCCCAACAAGAUUAAUUGCGUCUUAUAAACCCCCCAGGCUGGGCCGGUGUUGGUUAUAUUGACGACCUACCUAUCUUGGACUUGCAACAGGUUCUCUCCGAGCCUUGCCAAGCUCCUCCUACAUUCUCUCAAGGUUUCCUCCCUUUAGAGGCCGAGGACUUGCACUUCGUUUCUCCCGUCGACGCCCUCGACAUAUCUGCCCAUCAUGCAUGGCUACUCGUCUUCCUCGGAGACGGACGACUACUAUAGCUACCGCAAGCACAAGGCAACGGUUCCUGCCACUACGACCACCAACGACGCCAACAAGAAGAAGAAGAAACGCAAGGUGCCUCCUCAGCAGAGAAUCAACCGGAUAUGGAAACGCUUCAGCGACAAGCGGUUCAACAAGGCGGUAGCAGUCUUGCCCUUCGACCCGGUUCUCCCUCCGUCGAUUUCUGAGCGAUCCAACGAACUUCUCAGUGCUGGGUACGAACGCGCUGCUUCUGAAUGUAGGCGGAAAGUCCAGAAGAUCAUCCAAGAAUGCCGAAGGGUGAAUAUGCGAUAUCGGGAUCCUGGGUGGGAUCUGGACUGGGAUCUCAAGAUGGAAAAGGGGCAUACUCUCAACACCCUAGGACGCACCAAAUACGACCUCAGCAUGUCGACCAUGCUCAACCCCAGCUCCGUUGUUCCCAAGGCCGUCAAGCGAGUCCACGAGAUCUUCGAGAAGCCGACCUUCAUGGCCAAUCUCAGCGGAAACGACGUCAAGCAGGGUAGUCUUGGCGACUGCUGGUUGAUGGCUAGUUUCUCGGGACUGGCCAAUGUGGAGGAUGGUAUCAAGCGCAUCUGCGUCGAGUACGAUACCCGCAUUGGUAUCUACGGCUUUGUCUUCUACAGAGAUGGCGAGUGGAUCUACUCUAUCAUCGACGACAAGCUCUUUCUCAAGUCGCCUUGCUGGGACUCUCCUAGCAUGCAACGCGAUCUCUUGCAGCAAAUUGACCGCGAGGACGUCGAAAGAGUUUACCGACAGACGUAUCAAACAGGCUCAAAAGCCCUGUUCUUUGCUCAAUGCAAGGAUCAGAACGAAACCUGGGUGCCGCUCAUCGAGAAGGCAUAUGCCAAAGCACACGGUGAUUACGCCUCCUUGGCUGGUGGCUGGAUCGGAGAGGGAUUGGAAGACCUCUCGGGAGGUGUCACCACCGAGCUUCUUGCAUCUGACAUCUUGGAUCUUGACGGAUUCUGGGAGAACGAACUCAGCCGAGUCAACGAGGAGUUUCUCUUUGGCUGCAGCACUGGUCUUCUCGACGGCGGCUACGGCGAUCGUGACGGCAUCUCAGAAGGCCACGCAUACGUCGUGAUGGAAGCUCGCACCCUCAAGAAUGGCACUCGCCUUCUCAAACUCAGAAACCCCUGGGGUAAGACCAAGAAGGGUAUCUGGGAAGGCGCGUGGUCUGAUGGCUCCAAGGAGUGGACCACCGAGGUACAGGAAGAACUGGGCCACCAUUUCGGCAGCGACAGCGUCUUCUGGAUCUCGUACGAGGACCUGCUUCGCAAGUACCAGCAUUUCGACCGGACCCGCCUGUUCCGCGAGAAAGACUGGCGCUGUUGUCAGAGAUGGAUCGGCGUCGAGGUGCCGUGGAAGCCUCAGUACAACGAAAAGUUCCACAUCAAGUUGACAAAGGAGUCUCCUCUUGUCAUUGUUCUGAGCCAGCUCGACAACCGCUACUUCAAGGGACUUCAUGGCCAGUACUCAUUCCGACUGCAAUUCCGACUGCACGAGCAAGACCGACCAGACCCGGAAGACUACAUUGUCCGUAGCCAUGGAAACUAUCUCAUGGAUCGUUCUGUCUCUAUUGAACUCCCGUCCAUGCUGCCUGGAAACUACAGCGUGUUCAUCAGCGUCGUUGGCGAGCGAGAUUCUGAGGCCUUGAGCAUUGAGGAGGUUGUCAAGCGCGAGUGCAAGAAGCGCGUCGAGAAUGAGAAGCUCGCCCAGGUUGGCUAUGCCUAUGAUCUGGCUCACAGCAAAGCCGCUGCCCAUCUGGAAGCUGUCAAGAAGCUUCGUAAGAAGGCAGACCAGAAGAAGGCCAGCGAGGCUCGUGUCAAAGAGCGCCGCAAGAAUUGGGAAAAGCGUCACCUUAACCGGGAGAUCACCAAGAAGCAAGGCCGCAAGAACAACAAGAAGCUCGAGGCUAAGCAAGCUGCCCGUGAGGCUAAGAAGCGCGCGGAAGAGGAACUGAAGCCCAAGGAUGCUGGCGUUCAGACCGACAUCGCCCCGAAGGAGGAAAAGCCUGUCGGGGCCAGGGCUACUGAUGUUCCCAAGACAGACGAGUCCAAGGCUGCAAAGUCUGAUGGCAAGACCCCCGGCUCCAAGACCGAGGGGCAGGACACACAGAAGAAGGAAGCCGACAAAGCGGCCGAGGAUCCAGCCAAGGCCGAGACGGAGCCCAAGAGAGAAGACAGCACGCCGGUAGUAGUAGAUGAUGCCAAGAGUUCCGACGAAGAAGGUGAAGACACCCCGCUCGCCACUCCCUCUGAGACUCCUUCUCUUGAGAAGACGGAACACGAAGCUUCUGGACUAUCUGGGGACGAGACCGAGAGGACGCCUGACGAGAAGGAGGCCACCGAGACUUCAAAAGACAAGGCUGACGACAAAGCAGAAGACAAGACUAAGGACAAGGAUCAAGCCAAGGGUGAGGACAACCCCGAGCAGCCCAAGGAUGAAGAUGCCGAAACACCGUCUGCAGCUACCUCGGAGUCUUCGGGCACUCCACAGCUCACCCCCAAGAGCGAUGCUGCCACCCCUGAUACGGACAAGGCCAAGCCCAAGGAUGAAGACAAGGCUGCAGCUGCGGCCUCGUCUCCCACUUCUACUGGAUCCCCUCACCCGCCACCGGCCACUUCCAACCCUUCCCCACCACCUCCUCCCGUACAGCAAAAGAAGCCGCCCAACAUGUACGUGACCUCAGAUGGCGAAUCGAGCGCCUCCCCAGUCGAAGACUGGGAAGCGCUUUACAGCAGCGACGACAUGACGCGCAAGCCGCGCAUGGCCGCCCCGCCCCCUGCUGGUCAAGCCGUCGUCAGCAAGUAUCGGGACGAAACCGAGGACGAGAACGAGCCCGAUCCGUGGAAUGCCAUUUGCGUGGUCGGCCUCAGAGUCUACUCCAAGGAUGAAGAUCUGGAGCUUCGUGUGGUUAUGGAAGGCGGUGAGCUUGGUGAGGGUGGUAUGGGUGAGAAGGGCGGAGUCGAUCUGGAUAACGCCCAGGCCAACGCUGGUGGCGCCCGGAGCACCAAGAUUCACAGGGACGAAGAGAGUGAGAAGGAGGAGGCGGCAUAUGAAGGCGAUAGCGAGGUAGAGAAGAGGAAGAAGAAGGAAAGGAGAAAGAAAAAGGGAAAGAAGAGCAGCGGAAGUGAGAACAGCAGUGGGAGUAGCAGCGAGAGCGGUGAGGAAGAGCAGAGCCAGAAGGACAAGAAGAAGGAGGACGAUGGAAUGGCCAAAUAUCCAGUAAUUGUGCAGAAGGGGAAGGGUGAGGAAGAGUACGAGACUGCAGUGGAGUCACAGCUGGAGAACUGAGUGAUUGAUGACUUGACAUGCAUAGCGAAGGAGCGUUAGAAGAGUAGGAGAUACAGGUUUUGACUGUGUGCAUUUUGGCAGCUGGGGGUUCAGGCAGGACUUGGCACACCCGGAUCGUAUAUGUGGGUGUAAGGAGAUGCGUGGCGCAUGGGAGAUGGUGUGCUUUUUGUUUUCCCUUUCUUUGUGAUACUCCGCUUGUUUUCGUUAGUGAUUCUAUUGUUUGCAUGAUACUGUAUAUAUAUAUAUAUUUGCUCAUCAGAAUCCUUCAACUUCAUCCUCAUGAUCUUAUUGCAACAACACAGCUACCCUUUGCUGUAUGCAA